AUGGAGAUUUCGAUUAUAGGAGGGUUCGAGGCGCAAGGUCGACGGUAUGCUAGAGCACAUCCUAUAGCUGGUCGUCACUUUACGGCUCCAUCUACCGCAAAGGACACGCCAAAGACAGCAGGAGCUUCAUCAGCGAUUGUUGAUGAAGAGGAAUGGUACCAUAUCACGCCUCAUAAAGACCCGGAACAUGGAGAUGAGGAACUGUAUAUAGUGGGAUCUACUGUCUUCUGGAUGAGAAGUGCCUCGCUCGUCAUGUCUGUCGACAUGCAAGCCAAAUUUGGAACUCAAACAAGAGUCACGCAUGCGCUCUUUGCUCGCUUUAAUCGGCCUGCGAAUGAGAAUAAUCGAUCGAAAUCUAUGACCAAAAAGCCAUUUAUGAAUGCUACUGAUGAUGUUGCUGGUUUGAGGUGGCAAGACGUGUCGCCUCCUCCCAAGCCAACACAUCCUAUGAAACCAACACCAACUACCGUCCGGGCUCUCAUUGUAGUCAUGCCUGAAACUCUAUGCAUAUACUUUGAAUCUGGUCGUGACUAUCUGAUACAUACGCCCUUCCAAAUGGAAUGGGUGUAUCCUCUCGAUUUGGGCGUCUUGAUUGCUCCAAGUCCUAUUAUAGGUACAGAGCCUACUCUAUAUACAUUACAUCAUGUAGAAGAUGAUGUUAGAGCUGUCGCAGUCACUACGGAAGAUUCCAUGUUUACCGACGAACGACAACUCUUUGUAAACAGGACGGAACGAGUAGUCACCACAAUCGAAACUACAACGUCACAUGGAUCACUGGUGUUGACGCAUGAUAAUACAACGUACCAGGUUACCUUAUACUCGUGUCAGAAAUUAGACUUGGUGAAGGAGGAGUACUACCCUGUUGAAGGUAGUGCUGACUCGGAAUCACGACGAGAAUCCAUAAUAUACUCCCGUAGAAGUACCUUAUCACGACGAACUUCCAUGAACCCCAUGAGACGUGAAUCUAGCAUAGAUUUGGAUGCUUUACAGGAACGAACGGAUUUACGUAGAACCACUAUGGACAUCGCACCCAUAAAACGUAAAAAGACGGGUGAAGAUUCUUUAAUCGAUGCAUAUGAAGACGAAGAUGACGAGGAAAUCUUGUCGAAACUAGUAUUGAGAAGUCGUAAACGUAUACCGACAAUCUCACUGACCAAAAUAUGGAGUGGCAGCUUUGAUAAGAGUAAGACCGUCUCUGAGGUCUUUCUAGCUCAUGACAUUCAGGGUCGAGAGCAACUAUUCAUAUGUCAGCCAGAUACCAAAAUGGUGUCUGUUUUGUCGUUGACAGAGUUGAAGAUCAUCACUAGUAUGCCAGCUCUUUCUGCUCAACCCAUCUUGUCAACACGAGUAGGACAAACGGAUGUAUUGAUACUUCAAGCCGAACGGAUGGUAUUAUGGACUGGCCGUCAACUGAUUCAGUGCAGUCUGCCUAUAAACUUUCAAGCUCUACUCCCAGAGACAGAAGGUAGCUCAUCGUCGAAACGUCGUCGAUCAUCCGCAGUUGAUAUGAGCUACCAAACCAACAAUAACAGCAAUUAUAGUAAUACGAGUAAAGCUAGUAGUAGUGGUAGCUCUAGUAAAGACAAGAGAUCGACCUUACGAUCACCAGCACGAGCAUCUCGAGUGGUCGGAUUGGCAGACUCUGCAGGAUACCAUGUAAAUAUGGUGUUAUCGAACGAUCAGAUAUUCCGAACCUCUCUAAACUUUACUCCCAACGCCGAGCUCGUCAUGGAUGCUUUAACGGCUAUGUCAUUUGCUCUACCAUCCACCAUAUUUGAUACCUUUCGAUCUCGAUUCUUGACGUAUCGAUUCCGACCCAAUAGAAAAAGAGCACUGGAUCAACAAGCUCAAGAAUGGCAAGACUUUGUAGUAGUCUUGUUUUCAUUCUGCCAUUCCAAACCUCAUCUCACUAAGCAGGUGCCAUCUCCCAAAGUAACGUCACCAUGGGAAGCAGUGCUGGCAUCAUCAGCACAUCAGCAAUGGUCUAGUGAUCCCAUAUUUAAAAGAGCACCUCCAAUAAUAGCUAUAGAUGAUUCUAAAGCAUCCAGUCAAAUGUCACAACUCUAUAAUGCUUCGAAAGAGUUGUACCUGUCACAUCAUACAGAACGUAGCAUUAUAGAGCACAUGAGCCAGGUGCUGAAUGCUCUGCAUGUUGUCUAUGAAGAUUUGAAAUUGAGUGUGCUGGAGCUAGAUAGUAUGUGUCGCAUGGGAAGUCUGUUGAUCCAGCUUGCUAGUUAUCUAGGAGCUGAUGAUUACGUGGACCAUUACAUACGUGAUGGUAUUCCCGCCCAAGAAACCUGCGUGUUCACAGUGACAUCAGGAAAAUCACCUCAGCUAUCACAGCAUCAGCCGAAGACUCCACCAUCGAUAUAUCACUGGCUCAUGUCGCGGAUGAAGAAUAAAUCGGAAGAGUUCCCAGUCCUGAAAACUGGUGCUGGUCUACUCAACCUUCAUCAUACACCAUGGCACCAAAAACCAUGUCAUCGUACUGAGAGUAUAUGUCAUGUAUAUAAUGCUCUCUUCACAACACCCCCAUCGCCGCCAAAUACGACAUCCGAUGAAGCCAUGGUGUCGGCAAUGGUGGAGAAAUCCAUGUCCUUAGCCCAUCUAGAUAUACUACCCUUUGGAAUCGCACUCCCAAUCCGUGAAGCCUUGAAACGAUGUCGUGCACAUCCACCUGGAUUAUGGAAUGCUCAAGCGCUUAUACUCGUUGGACGUGAAGAUGUCGCUGAACAGAUUUGUGGGGUCACUGUACCAUCGCUUCAUGUACAGCCUCCGAGACCUGAUGCUGAACCUGUCAAGGAUGUUCGAACUAUAACUGAAACUGUGACACCGUUUCGAAGACCAGAAGAUGAUGAUGGGACCAAGAUCGGCAACCAUCCAGUAAUCCAGCUUCUAUUCUCAAAAGAUGGUAGACUUGAAGUAGCUGGAAGUCUGUUGAGUUCGUUCAAGCCUGUUGUGAUUUCUGAAGAUGAAUUCCCAUUGACGCAAGUUGAUCGUGCUGCAGCAGCACAAAAAUUCAUGUCUGAAGAUCUAUCUCGAAAUGUAUGCUCACGUCCCGUCGGUCGAGCUAUAUAUGCUUUUGCAACCUCGCAACCUCAACUCCAAGAAUCUUAUCCCAUACCACCACUACGUAUUACAGCCAUCUUCGCACAUAGUGCCAAUCCCGAAACCUUUGAAGAGGUACAGCCACAUCAAGUGACGGAUUGGCCACUAUUCCACAAUGGAGUAGCGGCAGCUUUACGUAUCUCACCUCAAGCCGAAGGCAUUGAUGGACAUUGGAUUGUCUACAACAAGUCUAUAUAUAAUUUAGAUUCGUCUCAUGCUGGAUUCUUGCUUGGAAUGGGAUUGACUGGUCAUUUACGUAAAUUGGAUGCUACUCAGGCAUACAAUUAUAUGAAAGCCAAACAUGAAGCUAGUUCCAUCGGACUCUUGUUGGGAUUAUGUGCUUCAUAUGCAGGGACUGGUGAAAGUGUUGCUAAACGAUUGGUAGAAUUACAUGUACCUGGUCUCUUGCCAUCACAAUCUAGCUUAACUGGAUUGAAUUUCUCAUCACCAGUCAUCACCACGGCCAUUCUAGCUCUUGGAUAUCUGCACUCAGGAACCAUGACGAGACAAUAUGCUGAAAUCUUCUUGCAUGAAAUUGGACGUACAGAUAUCUCAGGUGAUCAACCACCUGCUGUUGCAGGUGGUGAAGGAUAUGCGUUAGCUUCUGGAGCUGCAUUAGGUUUAUUAGCCCUAGGUAAAGGAAAUGCAGCUGUAGGAUUGAGUGACAUGUACAUCCUCGAAACGCUACAACGAUAUGUCUUUGGUCGCGGUGCUGGUAAACCAGACUCACGUCGACUAUACGGUGUAUCAAUGGCAUCUGCACCACCUCCUGUAUUUGAUCCUAGUCAUACCAAUAUGGAUGUAUUCGAUACAGUCAUGACUCCACCAGCUAAUACAGAUAUGACGGCACCAGGAGCGCUAAUAGCCAUGACCUUCAUGUAUUUGAAAACCAAUGAUAUAUCCGUCGUGAACCGUAUCAUACUACCAUCCACACACCACAUGCUUGACUUCGUAAGACCCGAUCAUCUCGUAUUACGUGUAUUAGGUCGAGCAAUGAUUAUGUGGGAUGCCGUUCAGCCGACUCGAGAAUGGAUUGAUUCUCAAAUUCCUGAUAUACUGCUACGUCCAGUGACACAACAAGCUAUGGAUAUAGACAAGCUGAUUAAUGAUGGCGGUAGUGUUGAGGAUGAAUUCAUGAUGGGACAAGCACAAGAUGCAAAUACAGUUCGUCAAGCGUACUUUUGUACAUUGACUGGAGCUUGUUUAAGCUUGGGGAUAAGGUUUGCUGGAUCUGCUAAUCAGCAAGCUUUUGAGCUGCUUCAAGAGAAGUUUGAUUUCUUUUAUACGUUUCUGCUGAAGCCAGUCACUGGAUUUACAGACAAAUUAGAUCGAGCUGUAUGCAGAGCAUGUCUAGACACCGUUGCAGUAUCCAUGUCACUAGUAAUGGCUGGAACAGGAGACGCUAGAUGUCUGCAGCAACUAAAGAGACUGACGAGUCGAUACUCAACCGAUACAUAUGGUGAUCAUAUGGCUACCAAUAUGGCAUUGGGAUUCUUGUUCAUGGGUGGUGGGACCAUGACGCUUGGCACCACGAACUCCGCUAUAGCAUCCUUGAUCUUGUCUGUUUAUCCACGCUGGCCAAUGUCGAAGGAUGAUAAUAGGUGUCAUUUGCAGGCUUUUCGUCAUUUAUGGGUCUUGGCCGCUGAACCACGAUGUAUAGUACCUAUUGACGUGGAUUCGAAAAUACCAGUCUACGUCCCACUCACAAUAACCAUCAAAGAUCCAGCCAUAAACCACGGCAACGUGACAACCAUCAGCCCCAUAGCACCAUGCCUUUUACCAGACUUUGCACAUAUCCAAACCAUCACAGUCGAUUCUCCUCGAUACCUUAAGAUGACCUUAAAUCUAGCAGACAAUCCCGGCCACAUGGCGUCCGUAAAAUUACGUCGUACCUUGGUAGUAAAACGUAAAACAGGUCAUUUAUCAUACCAAGAAGAUCCACAUGGAUACCGUAGUAUACUAGCACGUCCAUUCCCGAAAAUGACUUCCCAGCCAUCUGACCGAGACAUGUUGGCACGACAAGAUGUUGUGACUUCAUUAUCGUCAGAUCCACAACUUGUCGCAUUCCUAAAUACCUUUUGCCGUGUAUCGCAACCGCAGCAUCCGGAAUCAGUACAAUUUGCAUCGUUUUGUACUGAUGUCUUGUAUGAAUGCUUGACACAGGAUAAACCAGAAGCGUUGACUGUGUAUAUGAAUAUCUUUAAUACGCUCAAUCAGCUGGGGAGUCUUGUAUCUUCAGAUCGAGGGCUUGUACGUGCCAUGAAUGAAUUCUGGAACUUGAAAUUGGUGGUAUGGUACUAUCAGGCUAUUGAUAAAAGUAGAAGUGACGACCGGCAGGAUGAUGGUUCUGCUAAUGAUGACGAUGGUCGGAUGAUUAAAUCAUCAUUUAUGGAUCAAGUGACAUUCCACCUCUCAAAACACUUUGACUUUGAUCAUAGAGCCAAUACCUCUGCACCAGCCCCAACAUCAUCACUCAUCUUGUCUCAAUCAACCAAUUUGAAGCAACAAAAUUAUAAAGACGCAACCCAAAUAUUUGACGACUAUGUACGUGAUGGACGUGUUGGACGAGGUUUGGCAUGGCAGACGGUACUUUCUUAUCUCGUGUAUGCUGACGUGAUGGCGCCUAGUGAUAUCAAGACCUUGGUAUCUGAGGUGCGUGGUGGUGCAGCAGGAAGGAACAAUACGGAUUUGAUGUCUGUGUUGCUACCGUUACUGGUUAAAUAUCCCUCAUGUAAAUAUGAUGUCAUGAGACGUAUUGUACAGGCUUUGCAAUAG